GGUCUGCAACAUAUAUAUACCUGUCCAGACUGUACACCUGCACUAGUGUGGCAGUGCUCAGCUAUUAGGACAGAAAUGGCCUCGACUGAGGGAAGCACUCAGACAUACAAGAUGACAUCCUUGGACAGUGACAUCAACCAGCACUUUCAGGAUGCAAUUGAUGUGAUUCAGCAGCAUUCAAAUAAUUCAUACUACGAUUCAGAUUACACAUAUUAUGAGCCUCUGGGUACUCAGCAGACGUCUCUGCAGUACCAGAUCUCCUGCUGUCUCGUUACGCACCAGUCGGAUGUCCCAGUUCCUCCUUAUGACUGGAAUGAUACAGCUCAGCUGUCUUGGCCUCAGGUCAUGCCUGAUGUCUCCUUGAGUCACUCUGUGCAGAAUGAAUCCCCACGUUUCUGCUCCAUCUUACCACCACAGAGGAACAACAAAGGUCGCAAGAAGCUCAGACUGUAUGAAUACCUCCACGAAGCCCUGAAUGACCCCAGCAUGGGCGACUCGAUCCAGUGGACGGACAGCGGCAGCGGCACCUUCCACUUUGUCUCCAAGAACAAGGAGAAGCUGGCCGAGUGCUGGGGCCAGCGCAAGGGCAACCGCAAGACCAUGACCUAUCAGAAGAUGGCAAGAGCCCUGAGAAACUACAGCCGCACAGGUGAGAUCAUGAAGGUUCGCCGCAAACUCACCUACCAGUUCAACCCAGACAUCCUGCACAGGCUCGGCUCCGCACAGCUGUCGGUCCACCUGCCCUGCCGCCCUCCACAGGAUGAGGUUCAGCAGCAGAACCCGGCCGAGCAGAACUACUCCACAGCGGCAGACUGGCACAGCUGGUACGGACACUACCAGCUGCCAGAAGACUACGACCUGGCCUCCAGCUUCACCUCACACACCUCAGCCAAACUCUGAGCUUCCUCACAGAGGGAAGAGAUUCUAUAAGCACUACAAAUAUUUCAAAGACUCUGGAAAUUUCUGUGCCCGUCUACAGUGUCUGCAUUUGUUUUUUAAAAACAUAAUUCUACUAAUGUUCUUAACUCUCCUGUUGUCCUCAUUUACAGGCACCAAAAAUAUUGUUUCCUUGUCGGAAAAAAAAAAUCAAAAAAAUCAGCAAAAAAAACUCCCCAAAUUUCUGAAAAUUUGCAAAACCUUCAGGAAGAAAAUUCCAAUGAUUCCUUAAAAGUUUCCUUUAAAAGUAUUAUUUUAAAAAAAAUCCCCAAAGUUGGCAAGAAAAUUCUUUCUUUUUUUUCCACCAAAAAAUGUUCAAAGAUAUCCCAAAAAAGGUUGAAAAUGUGGACAUCAAAGAUUUCACUGUGAAAAUUAUUAUUUUUUCCACAUUUUCAAACUUUAAAACGGGUCGAUUUUGACUCAGGACGACACAAGGGUUAAACAUGAAGAACAUAACACUCUCAAACUGUCUGGUUUCGUCUUCAGUCUCUGCAUGUUCUUUGUUUUUACAUGUUAUUCUAUUAAUUAAUCAACAGACCUUCAGUCAGAAGGUCUCAUCAUUUUAACAUUUUGUGUAUUACUGUAAUUUAUUUGUAUAUAGGAGUGCUUAGAUACUUCCUGCAUCUAACUAAAAACAGAUCAAUUUUGAUCACUUUAGAAAACAACAUACAUUACAUUUUUUUGCCAGUAAUAUCAGAAUGUUUUAGUAUGUUUUCUGUUUAACGGGUUGACCUCUCCAGCCAGCGCACCUGCAUUUAAUAAAGUACGAAUUAAGAGCAAAAUUUAACUCGGAGAAACAGAUCUAAGCAUUUUUUCAGAGACUUGCUUAUUUCUACAAAAUCUGCAGUUCCAUAUUUAAUCAGUACAUGUCAAAUUUUAUUAAAAAUAACAGUCUCUGUGAAUUUAGAAUGUACACAGUCAGAUAAAUAUCAUGCCUGUUUUGGUUCUAUUCCAAGGAGUAUAAUUCUUGUAAAUACUUCUAAACUUUAAAAUAUGGACAUUAUGGUUCUCUAAAAGUCAACAGGAUUGUAAAUGCUUUAAUGUGUAAUACAUUUUGACUGUAUUAUAGGUUUUAAUAUAUGUUGAACUAAAGAAUGAGCUACAUAUUUUUUUUAUUUUGUGUAGAAUCUGAGCCAGUUCCAACAGGUCCCAAAAUAUAAAGAUUAACUGCAAGUCUCAAGGGGGAAAUGCAGAAUAAAACCAACAACAAGAAAACAACAAUAUAAGCCUGUAUGUCAGUUUAAUUUAUAUGAACUCAACUUAUUUUUAUUUCUAUUCAGAACAUUGAUAAAUAUUAUCAUAUCACAACAGCUUUAAUGUAAUAUUAAUAUAAGUUGUCUGUGGCUGCAACCAGUAAUAAGCAAUCCUUGAAAUUACAUGUACAUUUUAAAUUUUUAUGAUGUACUUCUUGUGUUUAUAUUAGUUUUGUAAUAACAUAUGUUUGUUAUAUCUGUCUUGUGUGUUCUUUUCUACUAAAUUUUGUUAUAUAUGCCUAAAUUGUACUAUCUGUUGUUUUUUUUUUUUUUGUUUUUGUUUUUUUUUUUUUUUUUUUUUUUGGUUCUGAUCUGUUGAGAGAUGCAAAAUUAGCUGGAAGCCGUGAUCUGGUAUGAUGUUUCAGAUAUUUAUGUCUGAGCUGCACGCUAUUUGUUCAAAAUAAAUAUAUCUUUACAAAUCUAAAAUUGUUUGUUAUUUAUUUAAAAUCUGAAAU